AUGAAAUCCAUCACGCCCAUUGCCAACGCUAUCCUCCAGUCAUCCGCUCGGCAAACACUUCAGCCAUGUCGAGCAGCACAUCUCGCCAAUGCAUUACUCCGCUCCACAGCCCAUGAACAACAACGACGCAACUUCUUACCAAACCCCUUCACCCAAAAUCAGACAUUGACUGCCACACGAACACUCCAAUAUCCCAGUUCCAUCAUUUUCGACAUCAUCUCCGACGUAAACACGUACAAUCAAUUUCUUCCCUUCUGCCAGGGCUCCGAGGUCACCAAAACCUCUCAACCUGCUGAAGACGGUAAAACGUACCCAGAAGAAGCAAAGCUAGUCGUAGGCUUCAACAGCGACAUCAAAGAGGAGUUCUACAGCCGGAUAUAUUGUGUCCCAGGCCGAAUCGUCGAAGCCGUCAGCGGUAAGACACGCACAACCCUCCCCGCCGACUCGAUCAGCCACCACAAUGCUCGGCCCUCCGCAGAUCACGAUCCUUCACAGGACACUAGAGUCAUGGCGCACUUGCUCACGAGAUGGACGUUGAAGCCUUAUCCAUACAAGCCUCCUCCACAUGAUGCGUUGCACAAGUCCACGUAUCAGAAAAACGUUGAGAAUACGAACCCUUUACCGGGUCAGCAGAAGACAGAGGUCAAUCUUGCGAUUGAGUUCCAGUUUUCGAAUCCGUUGUAUGCUGCGCUGAGUCAGGCGGCCGCGCCGAAGGUGGCAGAGAAGAUGAUUGAGGCGUUUGAGAAGAGGGUCAGGGCUGUGGUCGAAGGACCUGGACAUGUGAAAAAAUGA